UGCUCUUUUAAUUAAAGCAAUGCACCAGGGGAAAUUGCUGUCUGAAUAUUGUCUCAGAGAUGGGGGCCACUGACAGUUGCCUGGAAACUUCAAUCUGCCCACCCGCAUUUAUUCCAGAUCACAGUUAUGAGAUAAAGUUUAAUAAAAAUCUUUUUUCCUGCGCCAGCACCGAAAUGAAACCCAAGCCUUUGUGAGGGUCUGAACACAAUGAGAAACAGCUGCGGAGGAAACCUCAUGUUCAACAUGUAUCUCUCAGAUCCAACAGAAAAUCUGUUGAAAGACAGUAAAGGAACAUCCUGGGGUCCAAUAAAUACAGGAGUGCAAAAAGGGAGUGGGCAGAUCCAGCUGUGGCAGUUCCUGCUGGAGCUCCUCGCCGACAGCACCAACGUGUCGUGCAUCGCCUGGGAGGGCACCAACGGAGAGUUCAAGCUCAUCGACCCGGACGAGGUGGCACGGCGCUGGGGAGAGCGCAAAAGCAAACCCAACAUGAACUACGACAAGCUGAGCAGGGCGCUGCGCUACUACUACGACAAAAACAUCAUGACCAAAGUGCACGGCAAGCGAUAUGCGUACAAGUUUGACUUUCAUGGCUUGGCGCAGGUGUGCCAGCCGUCCACCACGGAGCAGGCCAUCUACAAGUUUCAGGGGAACUUCUCCCCGAUUCCUUUUUCCGGGAUUUCCAAACUGAACCUCGUGACCCCCGCCGUGGGGCCCUCGGGUUUCUCCUAUUGGGCCGGCUCCCCUCCUGCGGCUCUAUAUCACAGCCACAAUCUGCAACCUCCGGGGCCCUUUGGCACCGUGUCUCCGUCCCACAUCAGCUGCGUCAACAACAUUAACUCUCUGAGCAACAUCAGUAACCAUUACAACUGACUCCUACACAAUUAGAUCACGUACGAACUACGGAUGAUACAGAAAGGUGCAGAAAGGUCGGUUUGGAGAUAAAACAGUCAGAUAUUUGUUUGCGUCUCGAUUUGAUCACAUUUAUGAUAUGAGUACCCUCCUCCCAACGAUGACACUUACACAUAAUAACACGUAUGCCACAUAUUGUCUUAAAUAAGAAAGAAAAAUGUUUUUUGAUUUUUCUUUAUUUUCAUGCUUCACAAACGGACCGGCGUGCUGUGAGAUAUAUGAGAUUACACUGGUGAUCGGUAUCAGAAAAGAUGUGUUAACAACAUAAAUAAUAAAAAUGAACACCUGCACUCAGUUUUAAUUCAGUUUUCCACGAAAAGACUUCCAGAAGAGUCGUUUGCGAUUUUACGCACAAUGGAUCGAACAUUACGCACGGAAUUUCUACAACAAAAGUAAACAAACAUCAACAGUUCUCUAUUUCAUCAGCACAGUGAGUGACCAAAUAAAUAAACCUAUUUAGAUUUUUUUCUCCGUAAAAAGCUGCUUAUUGGAGGUGGAUAUACACUAGAUACAAUUUAAAAUGUGCCGUAAACAAAAUAAUAAUGUACUUGUUGUAAAUUAUAAUUAUUGAUGUUUUUAUAUUUUUCUGUUCCUUUGCUGUUUCUGUUUGUCCUCUACUCAGACCCAACUCGGUGCCGUCUUUUUUAACUUUGGAAGAAACGAUCAAACCAUCAGUGGGCUACUGGCGCCACCUUGUGGUUCCCACAAUUAUUUUUGCUCAUGGAAUGAAAUAGAAAUGAGUUAUUUAGAUCAGAGUUCAAUUACGUUAAAUUAAGAUAAGUGUAUUUGUGUGAAUAUUGAAUGAAACCUAAUUAAAUUGCUUUAGUUACAUGACACCAUACUGUGACAUCAUUAAUUGUUUUAAUUAAAGCACAAAAGUAAAACAAUC